AUGCGCCUUGGCGUCCCGGAUCAACCGUCCUCUCCUCCCCGCAAGCCGUCGGCUUCGAAUCUCAGGGGCUCAUCACAACUUUUAGAAUCCCAUGCCGAAUCAGAGUCUUAUUUCUUGUCUCGAAGAGACAAUAUGCAGCGACCGAGUUCGAGGAGUGUAGGUGGGAGAGCCCGGGAGAGUACAUAUGGAGUACAAAGCUUGGAGGACACUCUCCAGUUACUCGGAGAAGAGUCCCAGUGCCAGCCAGCAUUGGAUAAUUAUACUUGUGCGCCAGAAGAUGACUCGGAUCUCCCGCACCCAGUUCUGCGCAGAAUGUCCACCGUGAAGCCAGCCUCUAGCGUUGACCCCGGAUCGAGCGACCGGGCCUUUGGGCAUGGCCGCUCCGCAGAAGUGGCGCCAUCACUCCCGCUGACACCACUGCUCGUUGGUUCUCCCGCCGUAGGAUCUAUUUCUGGAAGCCCUAAGUCGACAUCUACCCGGUCUCUCCGACGUUCGGAUGAGAUCUCGUUCCUUGACGGAGCUAGCAGCCGUGCUGUCGAGUCCAGCGACGAGGAGCACCCCCACGGCUCAAGUGAGCCACAAUUCCACGCUCCACAACUGGUGAUGCCAAGUAUAAAGAUGCCUAGUCGAAGGCCAUUUACGGAGAGGGGCAAAUCCUUAGGGAGGUUGAAGGUGAUGAUCGCUGGAAGUCCAAAUUCGGGCAAAACCUCACUUUUGAGAUCCAUCGUUCAGAAGUGUGAGGACAUCGUGCAUGCGGACCCUCUCCCUCAGAACACCGUCCGCCCCGGAAACUCACCGAAAAUGAGUCAACGAGACGGAACGAAGCUUCGCCGCGUACGGGCUUACCCUUCAGUGGUGGAAGUCUGUGCAAGUACUAAGCCAUACCCAACUUGGUGGUCAGAUCUGGAAGACUCGAGGGUUCUACGAAGACGAAAGAGCCUAGGGGAUGUUGUAUUGGAGCGAAAUCUUUGCUUUGUCGAUACAGUCAAUCCGUGUUCGGAUCGAACUGAACAAACCAGCUUAGAGAUUCAGUACAUGGUUCAGCAGUUUCAUAGGGCGACUGCUGCUAUCAACUCCACCAAUGCUGACCUUCAAGGUUUAUUAAGCGGCAAUGGAGGGUCUCAAGUCGACGCCAUUCUAUAUCUUAUCUGCGAGGACACUAUUACUGCUGAUAUUCAAUGCAUCAAACGUUUGUCUAGCUUCAGCAAUGUGAUCCCCUUGAUUGCCAAAGCAGAUACACUUUCAUCAACGCGAAUCCACAGCCUGAAAGCUUCUUUUCUCGAAAAAGCGCAAGAACAUGGAAUUCGAAGUUUCUUUGGGGACUCAUGGAGCGAUACUGAUGUUACUUCCGCUCCUUUCGCUCCGUUCUCGGUUUCGUCGGUAACUACAAACGACGACGAAAUGAUGGAUGCGAGUGUCUUGAUGAGCCCAGACUACAUGCAACCGUUGGCGCCAUCUGAACUUGGGUUUCUCUUAGACAAAAUGUUUGACCAAGAUAACUUUGCUUGGUUUAGACAUUCUGCCGCGAAAAAACUAAUACAAUCACACAAUCUCCGUAAACGUGAUCCUGAACAGCGAGCUCCCACCCUCGUUUCGAGCGAAUCCGACUGCGCCAUCUCCCAGUUUACCUCACCCUUCGCUUCGAUAUCGCACUCGCAAGUCCUCGACUCACGUCAAAGCCUCGGUCUCUCGGAGUAUGCCUUGGCCCGGGUGGCAGACCAUACCCGACGGGAAGAAAACUUGGCUCAAGUCCAACUCGCAAAAUGGGCAACAGACCUGCAACGCAGCCUUCAGAACGAGAGGAGGCAAUAUGAGCACCUAGCUCGUACUGAAAGGGCUGCGUGGCUAACCAAACGGCUCGACGAAUGCGUCGCGGAUGGGACGCUUAUUCCACUAGGACAAGUCUCUGCUUACGAGAAGGAAACGGGGGUUUUGACAGUGCAGGGCCACGAUGGUCGGCGUCUCCAAUACCGCAUGGGCGACAUGAGUUCUCAUGAUCCACUGGGAUUGAUCCAAUGGAACCAAGAUAUGAAACGACGCGGAUGGAUUAUCCUCCAAAUUCUUGGUGGGGUAGGCUUUGUAGGAGGACUAGCAUUGUGGCUUGCGCGAACAUUUGGUAUCUCAUCACAAGAUUUGUCAACCUGGGUUCCCUUACAUUGA